ACAACUGCAAAAAAGAAAAUAACUUUUAGACGUUUUCACUGUGCCUGUCGCCAAAUACCAAGGUCACACUGAGACCACAGAUGUCGACAUGCAGGUUGUCACCCGGUCUCUGUGUGUGAAUGAACAGAAAAGGCUCGGAUAAAUCCCCUACUGAGUUCGGCACAUACUUAGCAUCUAGUAACGGUGUGAGCAGAAGAACUCCGGAGACGGUGACGUUUAUUCCAGGUCAUGUGGGCGCAGCUGAUUCGACCACGUGACUCCCGUCAGCUGACCGGCAGGCGGAAACAGACGGAAACAUGGUGGACACACUGAGCAGGGUCCCCGUCACAGACUGUGUCAAACUUUGUCACAGGGUGGUGGAUGGACUGUGUGGGCGGGAGUGUCCCACCAGGGGAGAUUACAGUACCAUUUGGAGCCCAGAGGAGUGGCUGGACCUGCUCAACUCCCUGACUGCCGUCUGCCGCCUGGCGGUGGGGAACAACAGCUCGGAUGAAGAGGUGCUGGCCGGGCUGUCGGGGGUGGGCAACAGCCAUGCAGAGGCGGUGCUGAGUGUGAUGAGAGCCCGACGAGAGGAGAUCCGCCGCUCUCUGCUGGACAGAACCAACUCCAUCUCCUCUGCUACUCUGCAGGACUUUGACUGGCAGCUUAAGGUAGCUCUGUCCAGUGAUAAGAUCUCAUCUCUCCACACUCCUCUGCUUAGUCUCAGUCUGGAUGUGAAAGAGAACAGUGCCCUGCGGUCUUUCACCAUGGAAAUGAACAGAGAGGAGUUGAACACACUUGUCAGUUCACUAGAGGCGGCUAAUAAGGUGGUGCUGCAGUUGAAGUGAUGGGCAGAUUGUGCAGGACUGAUCUCAGUCAAGCUGGCAACGAGUGGAUGGAUGUCUUUCUCAAACAUAAUGAUGAUUUGAUGAGUCAUGUCCUUUGGAAUUCAGUCAUGUGCAUGUGCAGUUGAACACUCAGUUUUGUUUUUUUGUAAUGCGUUGUUGUACCAUGAACAUGUGGAAGUAAACACUUCUUUGCUUUUUCA